AUGUUACUUUGGCCAAUCAAUCCACCAAGUCAAUUUAAAAUACCUUCAAGAUCUAGUAAAUUAAAUAAUGAAGACUUCAAUGACAACCAUAUAUUGGAUAUUCUAAUUAUACCGUUUGCAAAUAUCGUUGUUAUUUUAACACCUAGCAGAGUAUUGAUCUAUAAUUUAAAACCAAUAGCUCUGGUUGCAGUACAAGAAAGAACACAAGCUUCAAUUGAUGAAUUCGGACUAAAUAUAUCACUAAAGUCGUCUAAUGCAUUUCAAUAUACUUCUAAUAAAUUUUCUUUAGAUUAUCAGAAUGAUACGUCCUUAGCGAAUCCUGGAAAACUAGUAUUUUAUGUUACAACAGAGAAACAUUUUUUACUUACUUAUCAAAUAUUGAAAAACUCUACACCUAUCACAAUUUUUAGGGAUUACGGUUUACCUGUAACUGAUCCUUCUAAGGUAAUUGAAAAUGUAUCAGAAGAAUAUGACGAUAAUUUGGAUGAUGAUACUUUAACAGUUUUUGAAACAAACAGGUCUUCCAAGAUUAUUCAGAAUGGUCUGGUGGCAUGUAAGGAGAAAUCGUUAUUGCAAAGAAUUAUGAACAAUCAAGAUAAUAGUGAUGAACUCCCAGUGAAAAGAGUUGAACUUCGUCUUAAGAUUAUACUAAAAUUUGAUUUUAACCUUAUUGAUGUUUUCGGAUUUAAGAAAUUCACUAGUAUUAAAGAGGGGAGGUAUGAAGAAAAUUUAAUAAUCCUACAUGAAAAUGGAUUACAAGUGUUAAAUCUAGUAGAUUUUAAGUUUAUAGAUAGUACAUUAAUAAAAUUGUUAAAGGGUUUUAAAGUAUGUAUUUUCAAGGAAAAAAUUAUCGUAGUAUCGUAUGAUAGCGAUACACAGCAGACAAUUAUUAAUGAAAUAGAUUUUGAAAAUCUUAGAACAAAUUCUACAGUUUUAAGUGAGGAGUUAUCAAUUGUGUCAGUAUUUCAAGGUGGUUAUGGUAUAGCCCUCAUUUAUGAGAAGAAAGUAUUGAUUUUUGAUCCUAUUUUAAAUAAAGUUACCUUCCAGUUUACUGUACCGUUUUCAAUUAAAUUAUGCAAAUAUGUGAAUGAUGAUGUAUUUAUUUUUAUUUCUGCACAAAAUGAUAUUUACUUUUAUUCGAGGAAUGGGAACCAUUUAUUCUGUGCUAAUUAUGAAGAGGAUGAUCCACUUAGUGUCCCGUUAUUUCAAUAUUCUAAUUAUUCUUAUUUUCAUGAUACAUUAAUUACCACUACUGAGGAUGGACAAUAUCAGCUUUGGCAAUUAUGGAAAGAAGCAAAACAGGGUCAAUGGAAUUUUAGGACACCUGUUACUUUUAUUUUACAAAGAGAUAAUGAUAUAAUGUUAUAUUCUCCAAAAGGUGAUUCUCCAUUAAAUCAUGAUAGAUUUCCUAUCAUAAAACUGCCACUCAAAUCAUUAAAUAACUAUAUUUCCCUGAUCAGGAUUAAUGGGAACUUAAAAUUAUUGGCCACAUACAUUGCGAACAAAAAUAUUUUAUUAAUAUAUAAUCUUGAAACCAAUGUAUGGUUCAAUUAUCCUGAGAUUACUAUAAUAGAUUUACAAUGGCUUUCAAACAAUUACUUGGUGAUGAAUACGAUAAAUGAUGAUGGUAAUGCAUCUUUACAAUGUAUCCAUGUACCACUUCAAGGUGCAGAGACAAAGUCUUUGACUGAUAUGCUAGUAUGGGAAUAUAGGGUCUCAUCAUCCACAAUAAUUAAUAGUUUCCAUGUCAACACAUUAUGCAAAUUUAAACCAUUGAAAAUUAAAUCCAAAGAUCAGAAUAUGGAGUAUUUGCAAUAUGAAAAAUAUUAUAAAACUGGUGAAAUUAUUAUUGUUACAAACUCUGAAAUAAUUUUCUUCGAUGUCAUUUCUGCUAUAUAUUCUAAUGGUAUCAAUGUCUUAAAAAAAAUAUUUGAGUAUACUAAAGUUAAUAUAUCUAAUGAACCAUACUUACAAAAUAUUCAAUGGGCCAUGAAUAUCAGGGAUGACAUACUUCUAUAUACAAGUGAUAAGAUUUACAGGCUACUUAAAUUGGAAAAUGGUCACUGGCAAAACAUAGAAUUAUUACAUAAUGUUGAACGUAUUAUCGAUAUUUUGCAAAACAAGAUUUAUCUUAUAGAAUCUAAUAGGUAUACAAUAUACGAUCUGGAAGACUUAUGGGAUGAAAAAAAAGAAUUAUUGACAAUCAGUAUUGAUGAGGAUGGAUAUCCUAUCUCUGUCACACCUGAAUCAGCAAUAUUGCAUAAAUUAGAUUGUGUUUUUAACAAAGAAUUUUCCAAGCUUGUAAUUAAACAUGAUAUUUACUUGGACAAAUUGAUAAUAGCCGAGUUAGAGAGAGGUCAAACUCCAGAUUCGAUUACGUUUCAAUUCUAUGGUUUAAAACAUUAUAAGUUUGCUUUGGAGAAAAUAUUAUCCACCAAGGUUCUAGGAGAUGAAGAUUUGACUGAGAUAUUACAAUUAGUUAAGGCAUGUUCUAUUCCAAUGGGUCAAUCUAAAAAACAUCCAUAUAGUGAUAUGUUGGAGAUAAUCAGCAAUUGUUUGAGAAAAAUUGAGAUCCAAUAUUGGAGUAAACUAUUCAAUAGUCUCAAGAUGACCCCCAGGGAUCUAUUAGGGAUAUGUAUUGAGGGGAAUGAAGCUAAAACCUUGGGUGUAUUAUUGCUAGUAUUUUUAAAUUAUAACGAAACAGGUCUUAUCAAAGAUUUAACCAAGAAUAGAAAAAAUCAACCAAGUACGAAAUUACCUGAUAUUGACGAGCAUGAGGAAAGACAAGAGAAAAUUAUUGUUGAUUCUACUAUAGAUACAAACAACAAUCCAAUAUUUCAAUCAGGUAAUAAUGACUCGAUAUGCAACACGCUGACAGAUGAAGAAUUAAUGUUGCGUGUUUUAAAUGUACUUGUUACUAGUGCUGCUGCCACAGAUGAACCUAGUCGUGCAUCUGAGGCAUGGGACAUGUGUUUUCAAUUGAUUCGAUUCUUAAAAGAAUUGGAUAAACAAAAUAACACUAAUCUGGUCCAGAAGGCUCUUGAGAUGUUAUGCUAA